AUGACGAAUUUGGGGAUGGUUUUCGGGACUAAAUCAACGAAAACGGCGAGAGUGAGCUUUAGAAUACCGUAUUUCACCAACUGGGGUCAGAGCCUGGUGGUAUGUGGUUCUGAGCCGGCGCUGGGGUCCUGGAAUGUGAAGAGGGGAUUGCUGUUGAAACCUGUGCAUCAGGAUAAUGAGCUAAUUUGGUGUGGAAGUGUCUCUGUGCCAGCUGAAUUCAGCUGUGAGUACAGUUAUUAUGUGGUGGAUGAUGAGAGGAAUGUGCUGCGAUGGGAGAUGGGGAAUAAGCGAGCACUCAUCUUACCUCAGGGGAUCAAUGGUGGAGAUAUCGUGGAGCUUCGAGAUCUCUGGCAGACUGGUGAUGAUGAUAUCCCUUUCAAAAGCGCCUUCAAAGAUGUCAUCUUUAACACAAGUUGCAAUCUGAAGGUUGAGAGGCCCUUAGGAGUACAGAAUAAGUUGGAGAAGGAAGAUUCCAUUCUUGUUCAUUUCAGGAUGUGCUGCCCGAACAUGGAGGAAGAGACUUAUGUCUACGUUAUUGGGAGUUGUGCAAAGUUGGGUUGCUGGAAGGUUCAGGAUGGGCUUAAACUUAGCUAUGCUGGAAAUUCUACCUGGCAAGCAGAUGUUGUGGUGCAAAAGGAUGACCUGCCAUUCAAAUAUCCUGAUAGAUGGAGCUUCUCUCUGGAAACUGGUGCAAAUAGGGAGCUAGUUGUUGAUCCCGCAAAUAUUCAACUAAAGUAUGUCUUUGUUUCCGACGGCAUGAUGCGUGCAAUGCCGUGGCGGGGAACUGGUGUUGCGGUACCUAUGUUCUCUGUGAGGUCAGAACUUGAUCUCGGUGUUGGAGAAUUCCUUGACCUGAAACUUCUUGUUGACUGGGCUGUGGAGUCUGGGUUCCAUCUAGUUCAGCUUCUACCAAUCAAUGACACCUCUGUUAAUCUGAUGUGGUGGGACUCCUAUCCAUACAGCUCACUAUCUGUAUUUGCCCUGCAUCCAUUAUACCUGAGAGUACAGGCACUUUCAGCUAAUCUACCGGAGGAGGUGAAGAAAGAGAUACAGGAAGCCAAGACAAGGCUUGAUGGAAAGAGUGUUGAUUAUGAGGCUAGUCUGGCUACAAAAUUGUCCAUUGCCAAAAAAGUAUUUGCUAAAGAGAAAGAUGUGAUACUUAACUCCAGAGCUUUUCAGGAAUUCUUCUUAGAGAAUGAGGAAUGGUUAAAACCGUAUGCAGCCUUCUGUUUUUUGAGGGACUUCUUUGAAACAUCUGAGCGCAGCCAAUGGGGUCGAUUUUCUGAGUUUUCAAAAGAGAAGCUGGAGAAGCUUGUCUCAAAAGACAGUGUGCACUACGACAUUAUUCGAUUUCAUUAUUAUCUCCAAUUCCAUUUACAUCUACAGCUGUCUGAAGCUGCAGAAUAUGCAAGAAAAAAAGGUGUGGUACUGAAGGGAGAUUUACCUAUCGGUGUUGACAGAAAUAGUGUGGACACGUGGGUGUAUCCCAACUUGUUCCGUAUGAACACCUCCACUGGUGCUCCCCCAGAUUACUUUGACAAAAAUGGACAGAACUGGGGUUUCCCGACUUAUAACUGGGAGGAGAUGUCCAAAGACAACUAUGGUUGGUGGCGUGCUCGAUUAACACAGAUGUCAAAGUACUUUACAGCAUAUAGGAUUGAUCAUAUACUAGGUUUCUUUAGAAUCUGGGAGCUUCCUGAUCAUGCUAUGACUGGACUAAUUGGAAAGUUCCGACCUUCAAUCCCCUUGAGCCAGGAAGAACUAGAGCGAGAGGGAAUUUGGGAUUUCGAUCGUUUAAGCCGCCCAUACAUAAAGCUAGAGUUUCUACAGGAAAAGUUCGGAACAUAUUGGGCAGUUAUCGCCUCGAGCUUUCUGAAUGAAGUGCAGAAAGGGUUUUAUGAGUUCAAGGAGGAUUGCAAUACAGAGAAAAAAAUUGCUUCCAAAGUGAAGACCAUGGCAGAAAAAUCACUGUUAUUAGACGGUGAAGACAAGAUAAGACGUGAUCUAUUUGAUCUCCUUAAGAAUAUAGUUCUAAUUAAAGACCCCGAGGAUGCAAAGAAAUUCUACCCGCGUUUCAACCUCGAGGAUACUUCAAGUUUUCAGGAAUUGGAUGAGCACAGCAAAAAUGUCAUGAAAAGACUGUACUAUGAUUACUAUUUCCAUCGCCAAGAAGAGCUCUGGCGAAAAAAUGCUCUGAAGACUUUACCCGUUCUCCUCAAUUCAUCAAACAUGCUUGCUUGUGGUGAAGAUCUGGGACUCAUACCAGCUUGUGUUCACCCAGUUAUGCAAGAGCUGGGAAUGAUUGGGUUACGCAUCCAACGUAUGCCUAGUGAACCUGAUCUGAAAUUUGGGGUUCCUUCUCAAUAUAGCUACAUGACGGUGUGUGCCCCAUCGUGCCAUGACUGUUCCACGUUGCGUGCUUGGUGGGAGGAGGACGCUGAAAGAAGACAGCAAUACUUCAAGACCAUAUUCGGUUCUGAUGAGCUGCCCCCCGAUACAUGCCUUCCAGCUAUUGCAAAUUUCAUCAUCAGGCAACAUGUUGAAUCGCCAUCAAUGUGGGCAAUCUUCCCAUUGCAGGACUUGUUAGCUCUAAAAGAGGACUACACAAAACGUCCUGCAAACGAGGAGACGAUCAACGACCCCACGAAUCCGAAGCACUACUGGCGAUACCGUGUACAUGUUACAUUGGAGACUUUGAUGAAGGACAGUGAACUGAAGUCCAUUAUAAAAGGUCUUAUUUCUGGGAGUGGAAGAUCACAUCCUGGCUCGAAGGAAACCGAGGGGAAAUCAAAGCAAGUGGCGAGCAACGGGAAAGUAGCAGGGAAGUAG